AACGUAUAGCGCAUAUACGUAGAGCGCGUGUGGUCCAGAUGGAACCCCGCGAGACAGACGAGUUGCUCAAGUCUCAUCUGCGAGAGAAUAAUCUUUUGCAAGACAGACUCAGGUCAUGGAUCGUCGAUCGUUCUCCUCUCGGAGGUCGCGGCUUAUUUGCCACGCGAGACAUUCAAGCCGGCGAGCUGAUCUUCACGGAUGUUCCGCUGUUAAUGGGGCCGCGAUGCUACAACAAGCAUCUGCCGAUGUGCGUUGUCUGUUACAAAAACAACUGCCCUCUGUUCCCCUGCGAUUACGGCUGCGGUUUGCCGAUUUGUUCUGCGGAAUGUGAGAAUUCGGCGAUGCACGUUCAAGGGGAAUGCCAAUUCCUGAGAGAGUGGGCGCCAACCUGCGGUUCCACUUGGUCCAAAGAUCUAUUACUCGUGGUGGUGCUGAUACGUGGUCUUGCGUUGUCGGAGGAGCAGCGCACAUUAUUGUACGCCUUUGAAUGCCAUGCGAAUCUUAAUCGCAAUUACGAGAUCGACUUGCUCAAAAGAAACGUGGCCAAUCUUCCCAGCGAAGAGCAAAUGAAACUUAUGCAACGCGUCUGCGACGUCUUCAACACAAAUUCGUUCGAAGUUGUUGUACCUUCACGGGGCAAUGAUCAUACCAUGAGUUUACGUGGUCUUUACCCAAUGGGCGCAUUGCAGAAUCAUUGCUGUGUACCGAAUAGCAGGCAUCACUUUGACGACCAGCAACGGUUGCACGUAAGCGCCGCGCUGCCUAUCGCCGCUGGCGAGGAGAUCACCAUGUCCUACACCGAUCUGUUAUGGGACACAUCGACUAGAAGGCAGUUCUUGAGGAUCACUAAGCGUUUCUCUUGCAAUUGCAACAGGUGCUCCGAUCCACUGGAAUUCGGUUCUCGGCUCAGCGCACUUCUCUGUGCGAAGGACGAAUGUUUGGGACAUUUGUUACCUCGUAAUCCUCUCAAUUAUGAAUCGUCCUGGAUCUGCGACAAGUGUCAGACCAGCGUAAAUCACAGACAGAUUGAAUGUAUCCAUUCGGGAUUGAAUACAUUUGUAUCCAACGUUAUGUACAAAACUCCACGAGAAAUUCAAAGAUUUACAGAAGCAAUAUUGCCAAAAUUGGUACCCGCCAUUAAUUAUAUCAUGUUGGAUAUCAAAUAUUGUAUAAUAUCUUACUUUGGCAGAGUUCCCGAUCUUAAAUGGGAAGAUCUCACAGAUGUAGAACUUCGAAUUAAAAGGACAUAUUGUGACGAUAUACUUUCUGCUUUAGACGCCUUAGGUUCUGGAGAUUCUAUUAAAAAGGGUCUUGUUUUAUACGAGUUGUAUCGUACCAAUCUUGAAUUGCUUAAACGCCAAAUUUCCGAUGAUAACAAUGACCAGAUACAUCCACACAUAAAAAACGAUGAUAAUGAGCAACUGUUACGAAAGGCAAUGAGUAUAUUACAAAACGAUGUCGGUGCAGCCUGUGUUCGCAAAAGCGAUUAAUGGAAACAACUAUUUUUUAAGUCAUUUGACCGUUCAUAUUUAUUGCUUUACUCGAUAUCUGGAGUACAUGACAAACAUAUAUUAUGAGAAUACAACAAAGAAUGCGUCUACAUUAUAUUUUCAUAAUUACUUAGUUCUGUGCUUUAAUUCACAUGAACUAUAUUGUAUAUAAUACAAAAUUUGUAAUAUAUAAUAUAUAUUUAAUAUAUUUUUUUUUAAAUAUGCGAAGAUUUAUUGACAAUCAAAUCUUUAUCAAAGUAAAAAUGCAAAUGUUCAAACAAAAAUUAUAUUUAACAGCUAUUAUUAGCUACAUGUCAAUUAUAUGUAUAAAUUGUGAUACGACAAUAUCUGUUAUAACAAUAUCUGUUAUAAUGUGUAAUAGAUUGAUGAAACAGGGUAUAUUUAUACAGAGGGUGAAAUAGAUAGCGCGAUCUGCGCAAGAGGGUAAUACUUCGCAGCAAAAUGAAAUAACAGUAUACUAUUUUUUUGUUAAUAUACAAAGUUUCAUUUUCUGAAAACUUUUUGAAAAUUGAAAA